CUCCUCAAGUGUUUUAAUAAGCUCAAUUUCAACUAUCAAUGCAAGAAAGCCUAUUAAACCUUGUUUACGAAACAUUUUAAUCAGUUUUAAAGAGAGAAAAGCACGACCCAGCUUCAAAAUGAAUGUCGAGAAAGAAACGAAAAUAAUUGAACCUAUGAGUUCCUAUAAACAAACAAAGCGUUUUGUUUACAUUUUGCUGGAACGUCCAGAGAAUAUAUUUCACAUGUUUUAUCACUUAACUCUGUUUAUUUUCAUAUUUGGAAGUCUCGUGAUUGGCAUUUUAUCAACAGUGGAUGAAUUAAACGAAGACAAAAAGUUGCUUCGUAUAAUGGUUUAUUAUGAAGUUGUGUUGCUAGUUUGGUUUUCUAUCGAGUUUUUACUUCGAUUGUGGUCUUGCAGCUAUGUAGGGCGAUAUAAAGGCUUUGUUGGUAGACUCCAAUUCAUGAAAUCAAUAUAUAUGGUUGUUGAUGUAUUUGUAAUUUCCUCGACUAUGGUAACAGCGAUUCUACACGUCAAUUACGCGUAUUUUACAAUACUACGGACAACUCGGUUCAUGCAAAUAUUACGAAUCCUAAGGAUUGAUCGACAACGUGGCGACUUGAAGUUUAUGAUCAAGGUUGUACGUCAACAUAGUAAAGAACUCCUGACGUGCUAUUUCGUCGGAUUUGUUCUUCUGUUUACUGGUGCGUAUGUGGUGUACUGGUGCGAAAAAUCGGGUCCUGAAGAUGACAAAAUUAAUAAUAUGGUCAAUGGGUUGUACUGGGCUAUCAUAACGGUUACAUCUGUCGGGUAUGGUGAUUAUAGCCCAAAAACUUGGCCCGGAAAAAUGACAGGUGGCUUAUUUGCUUUAGUAGGUUGUGCAUUCUUUGCUUUACCUGCUGGUAUUCUAGGCUCUGGAUUUGCACUACAAGUAGACAAAGAAAAGAAAGAAAAGCGUUACGUGAAAAUUCGGAACCCGGCUGCGUGCCUUAUCCAAUCUGUUUGGAGGAACGCUGCUUUGCGUACAAGGCACAAUACGGUGGGAGCAACAUGGCUUUACCUUUUACCUGUGUUAAGACAUCAUCAUCUACCUUAUAACGAAGUAUCGGAGAUAAAAAAAUUGAUGAUUCAGGAAUUCAACAAAAAGCGUGGCGAAUUGCCGCUUAAGACGUAUAAUACACUUAUACCAAAAGAUGAGUUACUGACAGACAUACCAGAUUAUAAAAACACAGGAGCAACAAGAAAAAGUUCUAAAAGUUCAAGGUAUUCCUACAUCAAAGAUUUACAAGGAAGGCAUGUAAAGCCGAAAUAUAAAGUCGCGUUGCGUUUUAUUAUGAUACUAAAGUAUUGGGGUUUGGUCAGAAAAUUUAAAGACGCCCGUUACCCUUUUGUUAACGUACAGGACGUCCUAGAAAAAACAGAAAAGGGCCAUGUCGAAAUCAUAGGGCAGAUCAAAGACGUAAAGGAAACUUUGAAAGAGUUUCAAACUCAGCUUAACGAUAUCAGACGUAUGAUAGCUUCCGCUAAUCCUGUAAAUCCAGUGGACGAGCAGUUUGCUUGCCCACAGAUUAUAAUCACCGACGCUGAUAAAAGGGAAAGACCUGAUUCUGAAAAUUUAAGCACUUCAAAUUCGAGUUUGUGUGAAGCUUAGUCAGUCGGUUUAAAAAAUUUGGACGCAUGUGAGAAUGAUUUGAGAUUUGUUUUGAUAUCAAACAGAAAAUAAACAAACCCUCAAACUAAAAACUUGACAUAGUAUGACAAAUCCAAAUAUACAACAAUAAGUUAUUGCUUUUUAGGAUUAGCUUUAGUAAACUUGCACAAUAUUUUUUAAGCUUUAAAGCGUGGUGCCAAACGUAAGCAGUCGUGAAAAAGAUCAUAAAAUGAUAAGAAGAAAAAAAGUAAUAUUUUAUAUAUCUUACUGUAUUUACUGAAAUGAGCACAGUGCCAAUCAUUCAAUUUGGGACUUCUAGGGGCUAUUUGUAUGCAGUGACCUGGCACGGUUAACCGGGAUGGCUUGGUUUUUGCAUUAUUUUUGUUUUAAGCCUAGGCUAUGCCACAUAUAUAGAGCAUACACAGAGUU